UGAAUCAUUAUAUAUUGAUAAUUACGUGAAUGAGAUGAAUGAAAUAGAGACUAUAAAUCAUUCGUAUGUUACCAUAACGGUUUAAAGUAUACAGUAUUUAAACUAUUUAAAAAUACCAAACAUUGAAAGGAAAGUCAAUCACAGUGACUUCUACCAUAAUUGUUGACUAGAAAAAAAGAGUUUGCUACUGGAAUGAUAUGAAACAGGAAGGAAGUUAUUUUGAGACAGGGAUUGUUUUAUCCUAUGUUUUAUAAAUACUAAAUACGCAAAAAGGAACAAAGAUCGUGGAGGAUUUUGCUAUUUUGGAUUGAUAUUAAUAUAUUGUGGACAAUAAUUCUAAUCAACAAAAAGGAGAAAGUUUUGAGGUAUAAAAUUCCUGUUGUGCAAACCUUCAAAAAACUUAUCGCAAAAUGGCGGGAAACUAUACAAAUAGUGAUAUGACAUUAGACGAUUUUAAUGAUAAGGAAACAGCAAAAAGAACAUCUGCAAUCGUUUAUUUAUCAGUUGUUAUGGCCUUGGGUAUUCCAGGAAAUUUAUUAGUGAUUAUAGUGUACUUUGGAUCACUCCGGCGAAGAGAUGGCACUCACUGGAUGUACAUCCGGGCUUUAGCCAUUACCGAUUUACUGGUGUGCACGGUCGCAAUACCAUUUGAAUUGUUCCAACAAACGCACCAGUUGACAUUUUAUUCUGCAGCAGGGUGUAGUGUCUUCAGAUCAAUAAGCGUACAUUUAUCCUUGACAUCAUCUCUUCUUUUAAUUGCCAUGUCAGGUAAUCGUCUAAGACGGGUAUGCCAACCACUUAAAAAACAACUAACUACGAAUCAAGGUUAUGUGACAAUUGCAAUCGUAGUUGGAAUUGCCUUGUUAUUUUGUUGGCCGGAAGGAGCGUUGAGUGGGAUAAGCUUGGAAAAAUUAGAUAACAAUUUGACAGGAUAUGAUUGCAGCUUUUCAGACCGAUUUAGCGGGGAAAAUUACACAAUGAUAUACAGUACUGUUCUGUUAACAGUCUAUAUUUCCUGUAUGCUUGCACUUGUUAUUAUGUAUUCAAUAGUUGGACGAAAAGUGAUCGAACGAACCAAAUUUCAAAAAUCUCUUCGAAGAAAAUAUUCAAUAUCACCGUCAUCUGCUGCCACAGAGGCAACCGCAAGUAACAACCAUACCACCGACACAAUGGACUAUAAAAGUGAAUGUGAGGACGAGAAAAGCAUCGCUAUUGAGAUAAUUAAACAUCCAGGAACAACGGAAAAUAAUGACAAUAAGAAACAUAAAGGAAAGCGGAAGACAGUUUCAGAAAAGAAACCAUCGAAAAAGGUUACACGGAUUGCAUUCGUCAUUAGUUUCUGCUUUAUACUGAGUUACUUGCCAUACGUAGCAGUUAAACUGAAUGCAUCUGUCAUAAAAGGUCGCUUUAUAAGAACACCGCUUACGAAAGCCAUAUUUCCUAUCCUAGCCAGAACGUAUAUAAUUAAUAAUACGGAUUUCUCGAUCCGACGUUUUUACAAAAUUGCAAAAUGA